ACGCGCAGGCGCAGCCCGCCGGGAGUCCCGCCACCAGUCCCCCAGCCUGCGGAAGCGCCGGAGUCGCUGCGGCCACUGCCACAAUUCGCCAUGGGCCCGAGUUCCCGGCUGCUGCUACCUCUUGUGCUUUGCGUGGGGCUCGGCGCGCUCAUGCCUUCUGCGAGGGCCUCGGGCGUUCGCAAACGAGGCCCCUCGGUGACGGCCAAGGUUUUCUUUGAUGUGAGGAUUGGAGACAAAGAUGUUGGCAGAAUUGUGAUUGGCCUCUUUGGAAAAGUUGCUCCCAAGACUGUGAAAAAUUUUGUCGCUCUGGCAACAGGAGAGAAAGGAUAUGGAUAUAAAGGAAGCAAAUUUCAUCGCGUCAUCAAAGAUUUCAUGAUUCAAGGAGGAGACUUCACCAAUGGAGAUGGCACUGGCGGCAUAAGCAUUUAUGGUGAGACAUUUCCAGACGAGAACUUCAAACUGAAGCAUUAUGGCAUCGGGUGGGUCAGCAUGGCCAACGCUGGGCCUGACACGAAUGGCUCUCAGUUCUUUAUCACCUUGACCAAGCCCUCCUGGUUAGAUGGCAAACAUGUGGUAUUUGGAAAAGUCAUCGAUGGAAUGACAGUGGUCCACUCCAUAGAACUUCAGGCAACUGAUGGGCAUGACCGUCCACUCACCGACUGCUCCAUCAUCAACAGUGGCAAGAUAGAUGUGAAAACACCCUUCGUGGUUGAGGUCGCUGAUUGGUGAUGCAACUGGCAGAAAACAAGGAACAUACCCUAUCAAGGAUUGUGUGGGUGUGUGUGUGCCUGCGUGUGUGCGUGCAUGUGUGUGUGUGUGUGUGUGUGUGUGUAUUUUGAUUCUUCAAAGUUACUGUUUUGCUUUGUCUUUUUACUUUCUUCUAUUUCCUACUCUAUAUCAUAGGAAAGUUAUAAUAAUCAACCACUCAGAGUUUGCUUUGCAUGAAUUUUGGUAAAUCACUUGUUUAGGGACUUUGCACUUAAAAAAACAUACCCCCUUCCUUCAAUGGUGCUAUUUUUAUACUAGAAAGCUUUGUAUUAGCUAUUUUCUUUUGAAGCACACAAUCAAUUAUUUUGCUGAAUUAACUGUGAUCCCCAGGUUAAGUGAUGCUGAAUAUUUGUUAGAAAAAGAUGGGGACAUGAAGUUUAUUAUUUUAUAUUUAAACAGAAAUUCUUUUCAGGUAAAGGGAGAUUUUAUUAUAAUCUGACAUAUGUCAUAGGGACCUUUACCUGAUGAAAGAUGCUUUGGUGUUCUCUCUAUUAAAUACUUUUUAUAUAGAUCAA